UCUGUGGUGGCUGCGCCGGCUGCACCAAGUGCAGCUGCUUUAGGCUGAGGUGGCAGAUGGUAGUGAGCGCUGGUGGCCAAAGCCAAGUCGGAGCUGGAGGAUAAUGAUGAAUGGAGUAGCGAGACCCUCGCAUAUUGACAGUCGCGAGCGGAUUCUCAAGUUAGGCGAGAGUUUUGAGAAGCAGCCGCGCUGCGCCUUCCACACUGUACGCUAUGACUUCAAACCUGCCUCUAUUGACACUUCUUGUGAAGGAGAGCUUGAAGUCGGCAAAGGUGAACAAGUGACAAUUACUCUGCCAAAUAUAGAAGGAUCAACUACACCAGUAACUGUUUUCAAAGGUUCAAAGAAACCUUAUUUAAAAGAAUGCAUUUUGAUUAUUAACCAUGAUACUGGGGAAUGUCGACUAGAAAAACUCAACAGCAACAUCACUGUUAAAAAAACAAGAGUUGAAGGAAGCAGUAAAAUUCAGUAUCGUAUAGAGCAACAGCAGCAACAAAUGAGGAAUUCAACUAGGACUCCCAACCUUGUAAAACACUCUCCAUCCGAAAACAAGAUGUCCCCAGCAUCUCCAAUAGAUGAUAUUGAAAGAGAACUGAUGGCAGAGGCUAGCCUAAUGGACCAGAUGAGUAGUUGCGAUAGUUCAUCAGAUUCCAAAAGUUCAUCAUCAUCAAGCAGUGAGGAUAGUUCCAGUGAUUCAGAAGAUGAAGAGUGCAAAUCCUCUCCUUCUGAUCCAGGGAAUUAUAUCUCAGGACAUCCUACCAUGUCUGCCAUGCCACAGUGCAGGAUUCCUGAGAUAGAUGCCAGUCAUAAUAAAUAUGACAACAGUGGCCUUCUGAUGAAUACUUUAAGAAAUGAUUUGCAGCUGAGUGAAUCAGGAAGUGACAGUGAUGACUGAAGAAAUAUUGAGCUCUAAGUAUAAAUUUACAAGACAUGUGAUAAUUUAUUUUAUAUUAAGAAUAAAAAUUCCUAAGACUGAGGAAAAGGUAUCUUAACUUUUGAUGAUAAGAAAUUAAAUCCAGUUCAGAGUUUUUGAACUCUGGUUCAGUUAAUAUUGCUUUUUUUUCCUUACCUUUUAUGAGUACCAGCAUUUUCAUUUGUUUUCAUUUAAUCUUAAAACUUUUAUGAAGUUUAACAGAUAAGAAAACAAACUCAGAGGUUAGGUAACUUGCCCACAUAUUGUUAGUUAACAAGUGGCAGAUCAGGUGUUCUAAAGUUCAAGUUCAGUGUUCUUUUUUUUACCACACUGCUGUUUUCAAUUGUGAAAUGUCAAAAUUGUUGAUUUAUAAUAAAUGUCCAUUGUUUUAAUUAUA